CGGCGCAUUGAUCCAAAUCACUGCUGUAUCUUGUCAGGAAAAACCCAGCUACAGCCCUCGACAUACAAGCAAUGGCGUCUCACACUACCUACUACGACCGGCGACUGCGGCAAGGCCCAGCCCUCGUCCGAGCCAGACGCCCAUAUCUCUUCAGAAAUGCCGCCACAGGACUUGGCCUCUUUGCGCUUGUCUCGGGAAUUUACUACUAUACAAUCAAUGCCGUCGGCCAGGACGAUUUCGCCGACGUCAAGGUGCCCGACGAGCCUCGAAAGCCGGCCCAGGCAAAAUAAACAAGGAAAAUAGGAUAAACUACGACAAAAUGGAAGAAGGAAUGGAAGAAUGACAUCUCAAAAGAAUUCAGAGGCGCUUCGGCGUUGCAAAUUACGAUCCGUCAGCUAGACUUGCUGUGUAUAUUACUACUGUCAAAAUUUAAAGGUGACCUUAUGGCUUUACUCUCCAAUACAUCAGAAAAAACUCCAAGCAAUCGCAUUCAACUAUAUAAAUACCGUGCCGCCCUUUGCUAUUUGUAGGAUAAUGUGAAAACAAGCCACCCUUGCUAGAAAGUUAUAGACCUCCUUUCUGCCAUGUAAAACAAACAAUCCAUUACCGCCAGUGCCAGCUUCCUAAAACUUGGACAUGAAAACGCCACCAUAUCUUUAUUACCCGUUUACCCAACCUGGAAUUCUCAAGGGCAAAAUACGCAUGUACACAUAUACAGACAUGACCUGUUGCAAAGAAAAAAAAAAAGGGAAAAGGAAAAAGAAAAGAGGGUAAGAGAAGAGAAGAGAAGAGAAGAAAACAUAGGCCGCAUUUCCCUUACAAGGAGCCAAUGACAAGCCCUGAUCUUGGGUAUCAUUAAUAUCUGAACGCAGAAAUCCUCAUGCCAUAACCCAAAUUGGGCGGCUUAUUCUUGAGCGAUGCAAGGAGUGGACAUGCGUCAAGCCGCUGCUGUUUUUGAGCUGCGACUGAGUCCUGGCAUGCUGCCCAUUCGUUUCAUUUGG